UUAGCACAGCAAGAGGCAAUAUUGCUCUUCUGGAAGAGAUAUAAAACCUGGACAUCUAUCAGAAAACUGCUUCAAGGAAGAAAAACCUUUAUCCUCCCUUGACAUUUUUAAAAAGAACUAAAGCAAAAUCCUGUGCAAUGGUCAGUUUAUAUUUCUAUUAUUUCUAUUUUUAGCCAAUACCUUAUUAAUUCUUACUGCUAGCAGUUAUCUCUGCCAAAAUAGGACAGCAGCACUUCAGGUGACCUAGAAAACAUAGUUACCAGGAGAGAAGCCUGGCACAGGACAUUGCUGUCCUGCUCUGGUCCCUGGCAACCCCUCCUGUCCCCACAUCCACAGGGAGGGACAGAGCCACCACUACACUGCCUCUGCUUGCGCAGCUUCAGCAGGGAACCACAUUUCUAUUUGAAGUUACCCCUGUGCACGUUCUGCUUUUAUUUUAGGCUGUGGAGGAGACAAAGGAAACCAGAAGAGAGGCUCCAGGCAGCAGCACCCCCAAGGCAUCCCCCAAGGGCUGCAGGGCUGCUCUGGUUGUCAAACUCCUGUGUUGAAGACGUGCCUGAAAUGCCACCCAAAAGGUGACAGAGGUGCGGUCCCCGUGGCGAACUGUCAACUGCUUUGGCACACGAUGCAUUUCUCAGUGUGGCUCCCCUCUCUGUCAAUCCUGCAAGCAACUAGAGUGAGGUCUGGUCAUUGCUGACAAAGAGCAUGAGCAAAGCACACGAGCAGGACUUCGAUUAACACCUUAUAACUAAGCUCCUCCCCACAGUGGACAUGAUGAUCUGGUCACUAAAGCCUCAUACACGGAUGCCAGGGUUAAACCUGUUUAUUUAAGCACCCACAACCCAAGAACAACCUGGCUGCAGGAACAUGCUACCAUGCUGGGGCUGAGCACGGAUCUGGAGCACAACCAUGACAAACAGUUCGACCUGCACUGAAACAGACCUGAAGCCCUACUAUGCGGUUACAUACACUUUCAUCCUGAUCCCUGGACUAAUAGGAAACACAUUAGCUUUGUGGGUCUUUUAUGGGUACAUGAAAGAGACUAAAAGGGCUGUAAUAUUUAUGAUCAAUUUAGCCAUUGCUGACUUAUCACAGGUUUUGUCCUUGCCCCUGAGGAUUUUCUAUUACUUGACUGGGACAUGGGAAUUUGGAGGAGGUCUCUGCAUGUUUUGCUUCUACCUGAAGUACGUCAAUAUGUACGCGAGCAUCUACUUCUUGGUUUGCAUCAGUGUAAGACGAUAUUUGUUUCUUAUGCACCCAUUCAAAUUCAGUGACUGCAAGCGCAUCUGUGAUGUGUAUAUCAGCAUCAUAGGGUGGGUCGUGGUCUGUGUUGGCUGUUUGCCUUUCCCACUUCUCAGACUCCAACAGGAUGCUAAAAACACAUGUUUUGCGGAUCUCCCUGUAAAGGAAGUCGAUCUUCCCAUUUCCAUUGUAAUGAUGACGAUAGGAGAAUUGGUGGGGUUCGUAACACCCCUACUCAUCAUCCUAUACUGCUCAUGGAAGACUGUCUUGUCACUAAAAGAAAAAAAUUCUGCUUCACAUGACCUCGGAGAGAAGAAAAAGGCUUUAAAGAUGAUUCUUACCUGCGCGCUGGUAUUCCUGAUUUGCUUUGCACCUUACCAUAUCAGCUUUCCGCUAGACUUCUUUGUCAAAACCAAGAAGAUUGAAAACAGAUGUGUCCAGAAGGUGAUCUCAGUGUUUCAUGUUGUGGCUUUGUGCCUUGCCAGCUUGAACUCCUGUGUGGAUCCAGUCAUCUACUACUUUACUACAGACGAGUUCAGGAGACGCCUUUCCAGGCAGGAUUUGCAAGACAGCAUUCAGCUCCACAGCCUCAGUUACGCAAGGAAGCACUCCAGAGAUGUGCUCAGGAAGCACACCAUGGACUACUAGUGCUGGCCUUCCACAAAUGGUUGCCAGGGCUUCAAAUGUUCACUAUAUUUUGGGGUUUGGCCCGAUUUAUUUUUUCCCACCAGUUCCAUUUCCAGCUUGAAAGCCAUAUGGUUUGAAGCCAUAUUGCUGCCUUGGAUAAGCUUUAACCACAGGGCUCUGCUUCAAGGGUAGAUGUCCAUCAGGCCCAUCAGGUCCUCUUUUCACCAAAGAGAGAACGGAUUAUUUCUCUCACUGAUAACUAACCCUGCACCAUCACACCUUCAUUAAGGGCAGCAUCAUUAAAGCACAGUCAGAGGAAGCAAGCCUUAAAGUUUACUGUAAUGGAAACUCACUAUAAGCAGUCAAACGUGCCACCCAAGAGGCUAUGAGAGGCUUUUAUGAAAGGCUCAGACAUAGAUGUAUUUUUAAUAACAAUUUCUUUAAAAUGAAAUAACAGAAGGUUUGGGCUGGGCCUGCAUUUCCUUUGCACCUUCUUUUGUCAGACUGAUUUUUCUGUGAACAUCUGAAAUGUUGCAUUUUGAAAUGCAAAAAUACUGUGAUGGUAUUAGGCUUUAUUUAAAUGCAAAUGUUGUUUUAUAAUUUAUGAAAAAAUAUAUAUAUUUUGUAGAAAAAAAUGUGAAUCCCAGAGAGUGCUGGAACACAAGCACUUAUUUUCUUAAAGAAAAACCCUUUUAUAUAAUAAAACCAAACUCCACCUCCUCA